AUGGUCGACAAGCGACUACCCAAACGACUCUUCUACGGAGAAGUCGCGACGGGUCUUCGCCGUCAAGGAGGCCAAAUUCGCCGUUACAAGGAUACUCUGAAGUCCUCCCUGAAGCGCCUGAAAAUCAAACCGACCAACUGGGAAGAGCUCGCACUGGAUGGACCGAUCUGGAAGAGGACAGUGAAGACAUGCGCUGCGAUCUACGAAGCCAAUCCCAUCGCUGCAGCCAAGGCGAUAAGCGAAGCCCGUAAAUCCCAACUAGGCCCAGUACGCAACGCCACCGCAUAA